AUAACCAGGAUUUCUGCCUACUCUAACACGCUCUAGAGUUUAGCAAAUGAUGAAGCGAGUAUUACCAACUAAUAUAUUAUUACUCUGCUGCGUGUCUGUUUUUAUUCAAGUUAAAGCGUCGGUUAUUUCGUGUCCGAGCGGACAGUUUGCGUUUAAAAACCGUUGUUCUCCGUGCCAUCUCACCUGCUCCGAGUGUGAGGGCCGUGAACUGUUCCAGUGCACCUCCUGUGGAGUAGAUAAGGAUGGGAGGGAACGCUUCCUGUACCAGGGUCACUGCCGACCCCACUGUCCACGAGAGUUCUACGCAGACCCAGAUCAGUACGCUUGUCUACCCUGCAUUUCCAACUGUGAGAUCUGUGUGAAUGGCCAAAUCUGUACUAAAUGCCAGGAAGGAUAUAAGGUCCAGAAUGGGAUUUGUCUGUCUGUGCCCUGUGGAGUGGGCCAGGUUCAGGAUCCAAACUCGGGAGAAUGCAUUGACUGUGAGACUGGCUGCAAGACUUGCUCUGCUGAUGACCCGGAGCUGUGUGCCAGCUGUGUGGAUGGCUACUUCUAUUACAGGCAUCAGUGUCGACAGCACUGCCCCCAGAGGAGCUAUGAGGACCGGAGUCGAGGCAUGUGCCUCAGCUGUCCAGAUUCAUGCCAAGACUGCAGGAGUGAGACGCUCUGUCUAACCUGUCAGCCUGGCCACUUUCUCCACAAUGGUGCUUGUGUAACCGAGUGUCCCCAGGACACAUUCAGAGAUGCCAGAGGGUGGCGCUGCACACCCUGUCAUUCUUCAUGUCUGACCUGCCAUGGCCCUGGAGCAAGAGACUGUGACAGGUGCAGUGGCUGGUACCGUCCCAUUAAUGGAAGGUGCCCUGUCAUCAGCUGCCCCGAGGGCCAGUACUUUGAUAGUGUGACUCGAGAGUGCCGGAAUUGUGACGUUUCUUGCAGAACGUGCUUUGGUCCAAGAAUACAGAACUGCUACACUUGUUCUUCUGGGUACAUGUUGGAGCAACAGGAGGCUGUGUGUGUGCAGCGCUGUCCUUUAGGGUUCUAUGGAAACAGCUCCAGUCAGCAGUGUGAGAUGUGCUCAGCUAACUGCGAUGCUUGUGAAAGUGCAGACCAAUGUGUGAGCUGUAAAAGUGGCGCAUAUCAGCUCUUUCUCUUCCAGGGAAGCUGCUGGUCAGAGUGCCCUGAUGGUUAUUUUGAAACAGAGGAAGGAACAUGUGAGCCAUGUGAUGUUCUGUGUUUAACCUGUGAUGGAAGUAAAUCUCAGUGCUUGGCGUGUAGAGAGGAUCUAUUUCUGGAGAAUGGUCAGUGCAAGAGUAACUGCUCUGAAAGAGCCUAUGCUGAUAAGGAUGGGACCUGCAGACGCUGUGGCCCUCACUGUGACAGGUGUACCGAUAACAUCAACUGUACCAAGUGCAGCUUUCUGUACCUGCUUUUGGAUGGCAUGUGUAAAGCAAGCUGUCCUGAGGGUUAUUUUGAGGAUCUGGACCAGGGGAUGUGCGUGCAGUGCCAUGCAUCGUGUGCUACAUGCUCAGGCCCGCUUUCAGAUGACUGUGAGAGUUGUUCUGUUGACGCCCCAAAGCUGUAUGAAGGCACAUGCUCAGAGGAGUGCCCGUCAGGCACCUACUACCUGACCACCAGCAUGGAAUGCCAAGAGUGUCAUCAGACAUGUGCAUCAUGUGUGGGCCCAGAACCCUUCCAGUGCUCCCAGUGUGUGAAAGGUCUGGCUCUGGACCCAAACACUAUGAUGUGUGGUGUGACUGGAAGCUCAGACUGCCCACCCAGAACCUUUCUCCAUGCCAACCAGUUUACAUGUCAGGCAUGCCAUCGCAACUGUCAGUCCUGUGAGGGCCCCGGGCCUGCAGACUGCCAGACUUGUGCCCUUCCUCGAUAUCUGCAUAAUAGCUCCUGUGUGACUAAGUGUCCUGCUGGUACAUACAGUGCCCAUGAGGAGGCUGAUGGCAUUGAGCUGGGUUUCUGUAUGCCCUGUGAUCAGGUGUGUGCAACCUGCUCCGGGUCUUCUCCUAAAGACUGCCUGAGCUGCUCUCCUGGAUAUCUGCACCUUCUCUCACAUCUGUGUGUCACCCAUUGUCCAACAGGGUACUACAAUGCAGGCGAGCGCUGUGAGAGGUGUUACCAAUCCUGUGAGUUGUGUUCAGGCCCGGGACCAGACUCCUGCAUGGUGUGUGCCCCACCUUUGCUGGAGAUUCAGGGCACCAAGGUGUGUGUGGAGCAUUGCCCACACCGUUUCUAUCAGAGCUUUGACAUCUGCAUGCAGUGCCACACCAGCUGCAAGACCUGCAUAGAUAACACACCUCAGGGAUGUCUAUCGUGUGACUGGGGCAGUAUUCUACAGGAUGGGGUGUGUUACCCUCGUUGUGAAGAAGGCCAAUACUACUCUCAGAGUGAGAGGUGUGAAGCAUGUGAUGAAUCCUGUAAGCACUGCUCCGGUCCUGGUCUUGAGAGCUGUGUGACAUGCCACUCAGGCUUCGGACUGCAAGCUGUAACCAGAAGCUGUGUGCCCUGCUGCCAGCCUGACCAGACAGCCAGAAACUGCUGCCUCUGCCAUUCUGCUUCAGUGCUGUGCUUGGAGGGUCCAGUUUCAGCAGAUAUUGAUGAGGUGAAUCAGAAGGCACAGGAAAGCCAACAUGCAUCUGCCGUUCUACCUACUACUCUGAUCCUGGCUGUAGGCCUUGCACUGUGCGUAUUUAUAUUGGUAAAGGCCCAUGCCAAGAAAAGACUUUGCUGGAGGCAGAGGUAUGAGAGACUGAGAGGAUCGGCAGGGUCCUGUCCUGACACACGGCCCAUGCCCCAUGGUGUACCCGAGCCUGAUGAUAGUGGAGAUGACGCAGAUGUGGUGUACACGAGCCGAGAUGGGUCGGUCUAUCGCCGCUAUGGCUUCAUGCAUGAGCCUGAGCCCGAGUAUGAGGAUGGUAAUGAAGAGGAAGAAAUCAACGAGAACACACACCUUAAAGGAGCUCAGUAAACACUUGGAGGGAAAAACAUUCAGAAUUUGGACUAUCAAUAAUCUAGACAAUACAGUGGUACCUUGAAACUCAACGUCAAUUGGUUCUGGGACUGGCAUUGAGUUUAAAAGGUGUCGAGUUUAAAGGUAUUUUUUCCGAUAAGGAUGUAUGGGAAACCUGUUAAUGUGUUCCAUAGUCCCGUGGAACUGCAUAUAUUUUAGGCUUAUGUAAAAUAAUGGGGUUGUUUUUGACUCUUUAUACACUGAAAAUAACACAAAUCUAAUAUAAAAACACAAAAAUAAAAAGCUGAUUCUUACAAUUUCUUAGAACCCCAAGCUGUAACACAAGUUUAAAAGUGAAACAGGAGGAAAAUCCAGAUAAACACAGAUACAUGUGGAGCUUUCAGAGUGAAUCUGAUGGUUAUUCCACAUAAAUGCAGAUUCAUCUCAUAUGCACACUUUGAUGAUGUAUUACCGCACCACUCUCAGCGCUGAACAAGCGACUGUUCAUUGUUAAUUUGAAAUUAAAUAAAUACUUUCCCUUAAACUGAACAUGUUGAGUUUAAGGGAAACGUUGAGUUUAAGGGUACAAAUUUCUCAACGAAGGUUUUGAGUUUAGGGGACGUUGAGUUACAAGGUACCACUUUAUUAAUUAUAUUAUUUGUUCUUUUUUAUUCAGUUUAAAAUUUUGUUAAAUCAGUGUAUGUAUCAGUGUAUAUAGACUGUUGAUUUAAUAUGCUGAGUGCAUAUUCCCUUAGUGCACUCACUGGCCAUAUUAUUAGGAACACCAUAAACAGGAGGUAGCUCUCAGCUUCUUUAUUACAUGGAUUCCACAAAGUAUUGGGCGCAUUCCUUUGAGUCCAUGCUCGCAUCAUAAAUUACAUUUCCUUUGACAGGUCCUUUUUUAAAUUCAGUUCUAGUGAUUGAGGAGGCUACUGAAAUACACUGAACCCUAGUAUAGUUAGUAUGGUUAGGAACAAUAUUCAGAUAUGGUGUAACAUUAAAAAAAAAAGGCUGGGGCCCAGCGUAUGCCAAGAAGUGUCUCGCACUAUCUUCAGUGGUCAAAACUGUUUAUAGGAAGAUCUGACCCUACUGUCUGGGGAUUCAGUAUGCAAUCCUAAGUGGUUUUUUCUGCUUACUGUGACUGCUUGAGUUAUUGUAGCAUUCCAGUCAACUCGAACCAGCCAGCCCCCUCUGGCAACUCGCAUGAAUAAAGCCUUUUUAAACACUUUUUUGCACUAUUCUGUGUGAACUCUAGAAGCUGUUGUCUGAUAAACCAGUCUGUCCGCUUGUUGCAAUAUGCGGUGCCAUUGCAUUCUUAUUGACAUAAUCCUAUUGUAAUGGAAUGCAUUGUGUUUAAAGGAGUAUACUGUAUAGCAUUUUUUGUGCUGUAAAUCUUUUCUUACGAAAUGAAACAAGUUUUUCCAAGUGUCACUAACUUUUGUAAUGUCAAAAUCCUUACUGUAGGUUUCAUUAUGUAAUGAACAUGUUUCACAGUUGUAUGAGCAAUUUAAAUAACAUGCAAUGUUGCUUUUUCUAUACAGUAGACCCUUGACUUACAAAUUUAAUUGGUUCCAAAGGGCUGUUCUUAAGUCAAAAUGUUUGUUAGUUAAACCUAUUUUUACCCAUAAGAAAUCAUGUAAACAGAAUUAAUCCGUGCCAGACCUCCCAAACACCCCUUACCUAGACAAUACAGUGGUACCUUGAAACUCAACGUCAAUUGGUUCUGGGACUGGCAUUGAGUUUAAAAGGUGUCGAGUUUAAAGGUAUUUUUUCCGAUAAGGAUGUAUGGGAAACCUGUUAAUGUGUUCCAUAGUCCCAUGGAACUGCAUAUAUUUUAGGCUUAUGUAAAAUAAUGGGGUUGUUUUUGACUCUUUAUACACUGAAAAUAACACACAUCUAAUAUAAAAACACAAAAAUAAAAAGCUGAUUCUUACAAUUUCUUAGAACCCCAAGCUGUAACACAAGUUUAAAAGUGAAACAGGAGGAAAAUCCAGAUAAACACAGAUACAUGUGGAGCUUUCAGAGUGAAUCUGAUGGUUAUUCCACAUAAAUGCAGAUUCAUCUCAUAUGCACACUUUGAUGAUGUAUUACCGCACCACUCUCAGCGCUGAACAAGCGACUGUUCAUUGUUAAUUUGAAAUUAAAUAAAUACUUUCCCUUAAACUGAACAUGUUGAGUUUAAGGGAAACGUUGAGUUUAAGGGUACAAAUUUCUCAACGAAGGUUUUGAGUUUAGGGGACGUUGAGUUACAAGGUACCACUUUAUUAAUUAUAUUAUUUGUUCUUUUUUAUUCAGUUUAAAAUUUUGUUAAAUCAGUGUAUGUAUCAGUGUAUAUAGACUGUUGAUUUAAUAUGCUGAGUGCAUAUUCCCUUAGUGCACUCACUGGCCAUAUUAUUAGGAACACCAUAAACAGGAGGUAGCUCUCAGCUUCUUUAUUACAUGGAUUCCACAAAGUAUUGGGCGCAUUCCUUUGAGUCCAUGCUCGCAUCAUAAAUUACAUUUCCUUUGACAGGUCCUUUUUUAAAUUCAGUUCUAGUGAUUGAGGAGGCUACUGAAAUACACUGAACCCUAGUAUAGUUAGUAUGGUUAGGAACAAUAUUCAGAUAUGGUGUAACAUUAAAAAAAAAAGGCUGGGGCCCAGCGUAUGCCAAGAAGUGUCUCGCACUAUCUUCAGUGGUCAAAACUGUUUAUAGGAAGAUCUGACCCUACUGUCUGGGGAUUCAGUAUGCAAUCCUAAGUGGUUUUUUCUGCUUACUGUGACUGCUUGAGUUAUUGUAGCAUUCCAGUCAACUCGAACCAGCCAGCCCCCUCUGGCAACUCGCAUGAAUAAAGCCUUUUUAAACACUUUUUUGCACUAUUCUGUGUGAACUCUAGAAGCUGUUGUCUGAUAAACCAGUCUGUCCGCUUGUUGCAAUAUGCGGUGCCAUUGCAUUCUUAUUGACAUAAUCCUAUUGUAAUGGAAUGCAUUGUGUUUAAAGGAGUAUACUGUAUAGCAUUUUUUGUGCUGUAAAUCUUUUCUUACGAAAUGAAACAAGUUUUUCCAAGUGUCACUAACUUUUGUAAUGUCAAAAUCCUUACUGUAGGUUUCAUUAUGUAAUGAACAUGUUUCACAGUUGUAUGAGCAAUUUAAAUAACAUGCAAUGUUGCUUUUUCUAUACAGUAGACCCUUGACUUACAAAUUUAAUUGGUUCCAAAGGGCUGUUCUUAAGUCAAAAUGUUUGUUAGUUAAACCUAUUUUUACCCAUAAGAAAUCAUGUAAACAGAAUUAAUCCGUGCCAGACCUCCCAAACACCCCUUACCUAACCUUUCUAAUGUCUUAAAUGGUCUUUUUUUUUUGUUGUAAAUACAAGUAUAUUUUCCUUUAAAUCUUAAAUUAUAGAAUAGACAUUCUUGUAAUAAACAAUAAUAAACAAUA